ACAUUGACGAAUGCCAAGAUCCCGCGAUAGCAGCGCGAUGCGUGGAGAAUGCCGAGUGCUGUAAUCUGCCGUCGCACUUCCUGUGCAAGUGCAACGAUGGGUACGAGGGCGACGGUGAAGUGCUCUGCACGGAUGUGGACGAGUGCCGCAAUCCGCAGGCCUGCCCCCCGAACGCCCAGUGCAUCAACACGCCUGGGAACUACACCUGUGCCUGUCCCGAGGGCUUUGUGGGCGCCGAUCCCUACAAGGACUGUCAGGACGUGGACGAGUGCACAUAUCCGAAUGUCUGCGGACCCGGUGCCAUAUUUACGAAUCUCGCGGGCAGUUAUCGCUGCGACUGCCCGCCGGGAUACGACGGCGAUGGACGCGCCGACCAAGGAUGCGUGGACCAGGACGAGUGUGCUCGAUCUCCCUGCGGCCGCAAUGCCAACUGUUUGAAUAACGACGGCAGCUUCCGCUGCCUCUGCCCCGACGGCUACAGCGGGGAUCCCAUGCACGGCUGCGAGGAUGUUGAUGAAUGCGCCACUAACAAUCCAUGCGGUUCGGGUGCUGAAUGCGUGAACAUGGGCGGUAGCUAUCAGUGUCGUUGUCCCCUCGGCUUCGUCCUCGAGCACGAUCAGAACGCAGAGCCACCUCUCGCCAUCCUGCCACUGGGCUAUGGCCAGGGGGAAGCCGAUAUCCAUACGGCGGUGGCUCCUGCCACAUCGGGCGCGGGCUUGGCCUGCCUGGACAUCGAUGAGUGCAACCAGCCGGAUGGCAUGGCCAAGUGCGGCACCAACGCCAAAUGCAUUAACUUUCCGGGCUCGUAUCGAUGUCUGUGCCCGAGUGGAUUCCAAGGACAGGGCUAUUUGCAUUGCGAGAACAUCAACGAGUGUCAGGACAACCCGUGCGGCGAGAAUGCCAUCUGCACGGACACGAUCGGAAGCUUUGUGUGCACCUGCAAGCCGGACUACACCGGCGAUCCCUUCCGCGGCUGCGUGGACAUUGACGAGUGUGCCGCCCUGGACAAACCCUGCGGCCAGCACGCCCAGUGCGAAAACACGGUUCCCGGGUACAACUGCAAGUGUCCGCAGGGCUACGACGGCAAGCCCGAUCCAAAGGUGGCCUGCGAACAGGUGGAUGUGAACAUCCUCUGCCGCAGUAAUUUCGAUUGCACCAACAACGCCGAGUGCAUUGAGAACCAGUGCUUCUGCCUUGACGGAUUCGAGCCCAUUGGCGCCAGUUGUGUGGACAUCGAUGAGUGUCGCACCCAUGCAGAGGUCUGCGGCCAGCAUGCCCAGUGCCUGAACACUCCCGGCUCGUAUCGUUGCGACUGUGAGGCCGGGGGCAGUCCCCCGAGGAUGGCCUGCAAGCAGCCCUGCGAGGAUGUCCGCUGUGGGCCGCAUGCCUACUGCAAACCGGACCAGAACGAGGCCUACUGCGUCUGCGAGGAGGGAUGGACCUACAAUCCCAGUGAUGUAGCCGCCGGUUGUGUGGACAUUGACGAGUGCGAUCUGCUGCAUGGACCCUUUGGCAGCUGUGGCCAGAACGCCACAUGCUCCAACACCGCCGGUGGUUACUCGUGCGCCUGUCCUCCAGGCUUCUCUGGAGAUCCGCACAGCAAGUGCGUGGAUGUGGACGAGUGCCGGACUGGCAGUAAAUGCGGAUCGGGCGCCGAGUGCGUGAACAUGCCCGGCGGUGGAUACACCUGUCGCUGUCCCGAACACACCAUUGCCGAUCCCGAUCCCAGUGUGCGCUGCGUACCCAUCGUGAGCUGCACGACCAGCGAGAACUGUCCCGGAAAUGCCAUCUGUGACGAAACGAAGCGUUGUCUGUGCCCGGAGCCGAAUAUAGGCAACGAUUGCCGGCAUCCGUGCGAAACGCAGGACUGCGGAGCCCAUGCCCAGUGCAUGCUGGCCAAUGGUCAGGCGCAGUGCCUCUGUGCACCCGGCUACACUGGAAAUGCCGCUCUUCCCGGCGGCUGCAACGACAUUGACGAGUGCCGGGCCAAUCCUUGUGCGGAGAAGGCCAUUUGCACCAACACAGCGGGUGGAUAUCUUUGCCAGUGCCCGGGCGGAUCAUCGGGCGAUGCUUACCGCGAGGGAUGUGCCACAUCCAAGAGUGCAGGCUGUUCCGACGCGAAUCCCUGUGCGGCUGGCGAGAGCUGCGUGCAGGAUUCGUACACAGGAAAAAGCGUGUGCAUCUGCCGCCAGGGCAAGAACCUGCCCGGAAGCUACGAGUGCCGCUGCCCGCAGGGCCACACCGGCAACCCCUUCAUCAUGUGUGAGAUCUGCAGCACCGCAGAGUGCCAGUGCCAGGCGCCGUACAAGCUUCUGGGCAACAGCUGCGUCCUCGCGGGCUGCUCCAGUGGCGGCCAGGCCUGCCCCAGCGGUGCGGAAUGCAUCUCCAUUGCCGGUGGCGUGAGUUACUGCGCCUGCCCCAAGGGUUACCAGACGCAGCCGGACGGCACCUGUGCGGAUGUCAACGAGUGCGAGGAGCGCGGCACCCAGCUCUGCGCCUUUGGAGCUCAGUGCGUGAAUCAGGCCGGGGGCUACACCUGCCACUGUCCCGAGGGCUACCUGGGGGAUGCCUACAACGGACUUUAUGCUCCGGCCCAAAGGAAGUGCGCCGCAGACAAGGAGUGUGCCAGCAACGAGAAGUGCAUCCAGCCGGGAGAGUGUGUCUGCCCACCGCCGUACUUCCUCGAUCCUCAGGACAACAACAAGUGCAAGAGCCCCUGCGAGCGAUUCCCCUGUGGCAUCAAUGCCAAGUGCACGCCCUCGGAUCCCCCGCAAUGCAUGUGCGAGGCGGGCUUCAAGGGCGAUCCCCUGCUCGGCUGCACAGACGAGGAUGAGUGCGCGCAUUUGCCAUGCGCCUACGGUGCCUACUGCGUGAACAAGAAGGGAGGAUACCAGUGCGUGUGCCCCAAGGGAUUUACCGGAGACCCGUACAAGAGCGGCUGCAUCUUUGAGAACGGAACGCCCAAGAGCAAGUGCCUCAGCAACGAGGAUUGCGCGAGUAAUCUGGCCUGCCUCGACGGCAGUUGCCUGAGUCCCUGUGCCAGUCUCCUGUGCGGAUCGAACGCCUACUGCGAGACCGAACAGCAUGCGGGAUGGUGUCGCUGUCGCGUGGGUUUCGUCAAGAAUGCCGAUGGCGAGUGCGUCUCCCAGUGCCAGGACGUGAUCUGCGGCGAGGGAGCCUUGUGCAUACCCACCAGCGACGGACCCACCUGCAAGUGCCCGCAGGGACAGCUGGGGAAUCCCUUCCCCGGCGGCAGCUGCAGCACGGAUCAGUGUACGGCCACGCGGCCUUGCGACGAGCGUCAGAUCUGCAUCAACGGACGCUGCAAGGAGCGCUGCGAUGGGGUCGUCUGCGGCAUUGGAGCCACCUGCGACAAGAACAACGGAAAGUGCGUCUGUGAACCGAACUUUGUCGGCAAUCCUGAUCUCCUCUGCAUGCCGCCCAUCGAGAUGGCCAAGUGCUCGCCAGGCUGCGGGGACAAUGCCCAUUGCGAGUACGGAUUGGGACAGAGCCGAUGUGCCUGCAAUCCGGGAACAUAUGGCAAUCCCUACGAGGGCUGUGGCGCCCAGAGCAAGAAUGUCUGCCAGCCGAAUAGCUGUGGUCCGAACGCGGAAUGUCGCGCUGUGGGAAACCACAUCACGUGCCUCUGUCCGCAGGGCUUCAGCGGCAAUCCCCAUGUGGGCUGCCAGGACGUGGACGAGUGCACCAACAAACCGUGCGGCCUAAAUGCCGCCUGCCUCAACACUGCCGGUGGCUUCGAGUGCCUCUGCCUGUCCGGACACGCCGGAAAUCCCUACAGCAGCUGCCAACCCAUCGAGAGCCGGUUCUGCCAGGAUGCAAACAAGUGCCAGUGCAACGAGCGCGUGGAGUGCCCCGAUGGCUACAGUUGCCAGAACGGACAGUGCAAGAACCUCUGCUCCAAGGCGGACUGUGGACCGCGUGCCAUCUGCGAUGCUGGGAAAUGCCACUGCCCCAUGGGCUACAUCGGAGAUCCGCAUGAUCUCAGCGAGGGAUGCAGCGUGCGCGGCCAGUGUGGCAACGAUGCCGACUGCCGUCACACGGAGAUCUGCUUCCAGCUGGGCAGGGGUCUGCGCAAGUGCGUGGAUGCCUGCUCGAAGAUCCAGUGCGGUCCCAAUGCCCUCUGCGUGGGCGAAGAUCAUCGCUCGUCGUGCAUCUGCUCCGACGGUUUCUUCGGCAAUCCGAGCAAUCUGCAAGUGGGCUGCCAGCCGGAACGGACGAUACCCGAAAUGGAGGACAAAUGCAAAACGGACAAGGACUGCGAGCGCGGCUUCGGCUGCCAGACUUCAUCGGCCCAUGGCACUCGGGAUUGCAUUAAUCUAUGCUCGAAUGUGGUCUGCGGACCGAACGAGCUGUGCAAGAUCAAUCCCGCGGGACAUGCCAACUGCAAUUGUGCCGAGAGCUUCGUGUGGAACCCGGUGGUCUCCUCGUGCGAGAAACCCUCGCUGCCCGACUGCACCAGCGAUGCCAACUGUCCGGAUGCCUCCGCCUGUCGCCCGGACGUCCUGGGCGUGCUCAAGUGCGUGGCCAUCUGCGAUUCCUUCACCUGUCCGGCCAAUGCCAUUUGCGUGGCCCGGCAGCACCAGGGACGCUGCGACUGCCUGAACGGUUUUGUGGGAAAUCCCAACGAUCGGAAUGGCUGCCAGCCGGCGCAGAAGCAUCAGUGCCGCAGCCAUGCCGAGUGCCAGGAGUCGGAGGCCUGCAUCAAGGACGAGACCACCCAAACGCUGAGCUGUCGCCCAGCCUGCGAGUCGGUCAAGUGCGGCCCCCGUGCCGUCUGCAUCACGAACAACCAUCAGGCCCAGUGCCAGUGUCCGCCCGGACCAUUCGCCGGCGAUCCGUACGAUCCGUUCAAUGGCUGCCAGAGCGUGCCGUGUGUCUACAAUCACGACUGUUUCACCACCCAAAUGUGCAACCGAAUGACCCACACCUGCUUCGAUGUCUGCGACGAGGAGUCGUGUGGCGAGAAUGCCAUCUGCUUGGCCGAGGAUCAUCGCGCCGUGUGCCAGUGCCCUCCCGGAUUCCGUGGCGACCCACUGCCCGAGGUGGCUUGCACCAAACAGAGCGGCUGUGCCGCAGGAACCUGUCAUGCAUCGGCCAUUUGUGAGGUCGCACCCGAGGGACCCGUGUGCAAGUGUCCGCCUCACUUCGUGGGCGAACCCAAGAGCGCGGGCUGCCGUCCGGACGGCCAGUGCCCCAAUGGGGAUGCCGACUGUCCGGCCAACACCAUCUGCGCGGGCGGACGCUGUCAGAAUCCGUGCGACAACGCCUGCGGAUCGAAUGCCGAGUGCAAGGUCGUGAACCGGAAGCCCGUCUGCAGUUGUCCGCUGCGUUUCCAACCCAUCUCCGAUUCGGCCAAGGACGGAUGCGCCCGCAGCGCCUCCAAGUGCCUGACCGACGUGGACUGCGGCGGAGAGCUGUGCUUCAACGGCCAGUGCCGCAUCGCGUGCCGGAACUCGCAGGACUGCUCCGACGGCGAGAGCUGUCUGAACAACGUCUGUGUGGUGGCCUGCCUGGACCACAGCCAGUGCGCCAGUGGCCUGGCCUGAGUGGAGGGUCACUGCACCAUCGGCUGCCGCAGCAACAAGGAGUGCAAGCAGGACCAGUCCUGCAUCGAGAACAAGUGUCUGAAUCCGUGCCAGUCCGGCAACAGUUGCGGCCCCAAUGCCCUCUGCAACAUUGCCCAGCACCGGAGUCAGUGCAGCUGUCCGGAGGGAUUCGAGGGCAAUCCCACGCCCGAACAGGGCUGCGUGCGAGUGCCCGCUCCCUGCCUGGCCAGCAAUCAGUGCCCCAACGGACACAUGUGUAUCGGCAACCAGUGCAAUCUCCCCUGCACCAAGACCUCCUCCUGCGCGAUUGGAGAGCGCUGCUAUCAGCAGGUGUGCCGCAAGGUCUGCUACACCAGCAACAACUGUCUGGCCGGGGAGAUCUGUAAUGCGGAUCGCACCUGCCAGCCAGGAUGCGACUCCGACGCGGACUGCCCGCCCACAGAGCUCUGCCUCACUGGAAAGUGCAAGUGCGCCAGCGGAUUUAUUGGCACGCCCUUUGGCUGCUCCGACAUCGACGAGUGUACGGAGCAGCCGUGCCAUGCCAGUGCCCGGUGCGAGAAUGUGCCCGGUUCUUAUCGCUGUGUGGGUCCCGAGGGUACCGUCGGCGAUGGAUACACCAAGCAGGGCUGUUCCCAAGGGCGGCAAUGCCACCAGCCGGACGAUUGUGCCAACAAUUUGGCCUGCAUACAGGGCAAGUGCACGGAUCCGUGCCUGCAGACCGUGUGCGGAGCCAUUGCCCAUUGCCAGUCGGAAGGACACGAGGCUCAGUGUAGCUGUCCUGCUGGAUAUCUAGGUGAUCCAAAUGAUACAGGAGUCGGCUGCUUCAAGGUCGAGUGCAUCGAUCAUGUGGACUGUGCCAGCGAUCGUGCCUGCGAUGCGGAGACGAAUCGCUGCAUCAAACCCUGCGACCUAACCGGCUGCGGCAAAGGAAACUGCGAGGUGUCCGACCACAAGGCGGUAUGCGCCUGCUACGAGGGAUACCAACUGGUCAGCGGAUGAGUGUGCGAAGAUAUCAACGAGUGUCUGUCGCAGCCCUGCCACAGCACGGCCUUCUGCAACAAUCUGCCUGGAAGCUACAACUGCCAGUGCCCCGAGGGACUCAUCGGAGAUCAGCAGGCCGGAUGCCGGGAUCCCAGCGAAUGCCUCAGCGAUGUCGACUGCCCCGCAACCGCCAGUUGCCAGAAUUCCCGAUGCCGCAGUCCCUGCGAACGGCAGAAUGCGUGCGGCAUCAAUGCCAACUGUCAGGCUCAAAGCCACCAGGCCGUGUGCACCUGCUCCGCGAAUUCCCGCGGAGAUCCUCUCGUCGAGUGCGUACACAGCGAGUGCUCGGACAACGAUGACUGUGGCGGGGACAAGGCCUGCCUGGAUGCCAAAUGUAUUGAUCCUUGCUCUCUGCCCAAUGCCUGCGGAGCCCAGGCUCUCUGUUCGGUCCAGAAUCACAUCGGAGUCUGUGCCUGCGAGUCGGGCAGCACCGGAGAUGCCAAACAGGGAUGUGUGCCACUGCAAUACUGCCAGCAGGAUGCGCAGUGCGCACAGGGAAGCAUUUGCUCGCAUGGAAUUUGCAGCCCUCUCUGCAGCACCAACAGGGAUUGCAUCUCGGAGCAGUUGUGCCUUCAAGGCGUCUGCCAGGGCACCUGUAAAUCCAACACGACCUGUCCCCAGUUCCAGUUCUGCUCGAACAACAUCUGCACUAAGGAGCUGGAGUGCGGCGCCAAUACGGACUGUGGCGAGGACGAGACCUGCCAGAUGGAUGCCUACGGACGUGCCCGCUGUGAGCCCGUGUGCCUCGGUCGUGCCGCCUGUGGCCGCAAUGCCGAGUGUGUGGCUCGCUCCCACUCUCCGGACUGUAUUUGCAAGGAUGGGUUCUUUGGGGAUGCCAAGUCGGGCUGCCGCAAGAUCGAGUGCAGCAGCGACGAGGACUGUUCGAACGACAAGAGCUGCGACAAUAAUAUGUGCAAGAUCGCCUGCCUGAUAGGCCAGCCCUGCGGGGACAACGCUCUCUGCACCACGGAACACCAUCAGCAGGUGUGCCACUGCCAGCCCGGCUUCAGUGGCGAUCCCCGCGUACGCUGCGAUGUCAUUGACUUUUGUCGCGAUGCUCGGUGCGGACCCGGUGCCCGUUGCCGGAACUCGCGCGGCUCCUAUAAGUGUAGCUGUCCCCCCGGCCUCGUUGUUGACCCGUAUAAUGAGGGCUGUCGCAGCUCCGUGGAGUGCGAGACCAACGAGGACUGUCCCCCGCAUGCUGCAUGCACCAAAACUAACGGCGUGGCCAAGUGUCACGAUCUCUGCGCACAACUGCAAUGUGGCCCCAUCGCUCACUGUGCAUGCCGCAUGGGCUACGACGGCCAACCCGCUGACCGGGUGGCCGGCUGUAAGCCAUUGCCCGUUCCCUGUCAGGUCACCGGCGACUGUCCCACAAACACCUACUGCUCGGAUAGCGUCUGCAAACCUGCCUGCGUGCUGGACACCGAGUGUGGGCCGUCGGAGGUGUGCCAGGGCGGCCAAUGCUUCAAUCCCUGUGUCCAGCCCCAGGCCUGCGGCCAGAACGCCGAGUGCGUGAUGUUGAACCACCUUAAACAGUGCCACUGCCCGGAGGGUUUCACCGGAGACUCGUCGAAGGAAUGUGUCCGGGUGCCAGUUGCCUGCGAUGGUGACUGCUCGCCUGGCUACACCUGCCGCGACUCCAUGUGCCUUCCUGUGUGCCACAACGAUCUGGAGUGUGCCUCCAACGAGAAAUGCUUGCGGGGAAAUUGCAUGCUGACCUGCCGCGUGGAUAACGAUUGCUUCUUGGGGCACGUCUGCCUGCACAACAAGUGCGUCUACGGCUGCCAUGUGGAUGAUGACUGCAGUGCCUCCGAGUCCUGCCGCAACGAUAAGUGUGUGAAUCCCUGUGUGGAGAGUCCCUGCGGCCCAAAUGCCGCCUGUUCGGUUUCCAAUCACCGGGCCACCUGCAGCUGUCUGGAGAGCAUGGUACCCAAUCCCACGCCCCAGGUGGGCUGCGUGCGUGCCCCCCCGCUCGAGUGCCGCGAGAAUCGCGACUGUGGCAACGGGCUGGCAUGCUUCGAGUCUGUGUGCCGCCCCUUGUGCGCCGACGACGCCGGCUGCCUGACCAACGAGCGUUGCCAGCAGGGCGUCUGCAAGCCACUCUGUCGCCACGACAACGAAUGCGCCCACGGCGAACUGUGUCUGGGUCUUAACUGCGUGCCCGGCUGCCGGUCCGACCAGGGUUGUCCGCCCGAGCUUUCCUGCUCUGCCCAACAGUGCGUGGAUCCCUGUGCAGACCCCACGGCCUGUGGAACGAAUGCCCUCUGCCAGACGAUUGACCAUCGCAAACAGUGCACUUGCCCGGAGGGACUUAGCGGCAUGGCCAACGUGGCCUGCAAGGUUCCGCGAAUCGCCUGCGGACGCAACGAGGACUGCCAGAACAACCAAUUGUGCUACGCCGGAAGCUGUCAGGGCAAGUGUCGCAACGACCAGAACUGUCUCUCGGACGAGCGCUGCAUGCGUGGAACCUGCCGCACAGUCUGCAACACGGAUGAGGUCUGUGCCCAGGGCCAGAUCUGCGAGAAUCGUGUCUGUCAGACCGGUUGCCGCAACGACCUUAGCUGUGCGACCGACGAGGCCUGCGUGAACAAGAAGUGCCAGAAUCCCUGUCGCAGCCCCGGCCAGUGUGGCCAGUGUGCCGACUGUCUGGUGGUGAAUCAUGGCGUCCAGUGCCAGUGUCCGGCCUCUUUCAUUGGAGACGGCCUCACUGGCUGCCAACUGCCAGCGGAGCGCUGCCAUCCCGGCUGUGAAUGCGACGAGAACGGGGCCUACUGCGCCACAAAAUGCUCCCGAACGGAGGACUGCGCCUGCGGACAACAGUGCGCGCGCGGAAAGUGUCGCAACAAGUGCGGACCCAAGCGACAAUGCACCGUGGGACAGUUGUGCGAGAGAGGCGCCUGCAUUGCCGGCUGCAAGUCCAACAGUGACUGUGCCGCCGACCAGAGCUGUGUGCGCGGCAAGUGUACAGACCCAUGUGCCGACGACAAGGCCUGCGGACGCAAUGCCCUGUGCACCGUGUCCGAGCAUCGUAUGCUCUGCUACUGCCCCGACGGCUAUGAGGGAGAACCCAGUAAGGAGUGCGUGCAGUUCGAGUGUCGUCAGGACUCUGACUGCGACAGCAGCAAGCGAUGCGAUGGCGGCAAGUGCCGCAAUCCCUGCCUGGAGUACGGUGCCUGCGGCACCAAUGCCCAAUGCCGUGUAGUUAACCGCCAGGCCCAAUGUUCCUGCCCACCCGACUUCUUUGGAAAUCCUGCCAGCGAGUGCCAGCCCCUGGACGGUGGCUGCUCCAACAGCCCGUGUGGCGUCAACUCCAAGUGUACCGAAGUGCCCGGCGGCUACGAGUGUGCCUGCAUGGAUGGCUGCAUCGGGGAUGCCAACAAGGGGUGCCUCUGCGAGGGACCUCUGGUGAAUGCCUGUCAUGAUCAUCCAUGUGGAUUGAAUGCGGCCUGCCAUGUGCUGGACAACGACCAAGCCGAGUGCUACUGCCCGGAGGACUUCCCCAACGGAGAUGCCUAUGUGCAAUGUUAUUUGACUCCACCGCAACAGGACUGCCGAACUCUCGGCUGCGAUGUGGGCGACUGUGUGCGCCAUGGCUAUGAAUAUGUGUGCCAGCAGGACACCGAACAAUGCUACUCAGAUACGGAUUGUCCCAGUGAAAAAUCCUGCCUCCAAGGACACUGCAGCGAUCCUUGUACAAUGCGUGGCGCGUGCGGCUCGAAUGCGCUGUGCAAAACUGUUCUGCAUCGUCCGCGCUGCUCCUGUCCAAGUUGCCACAUCGGCCGGCCCGAAGUAGAGUGCAAGCCCGAUCCCAAUUAUCUCACCGAUGACAUGGACGCCAAGACCAAGGAGCAGAUACCAUGCUCCAGUGACAACGAGUGCCCGGAGACAUUGCAGUGCGGCCAGUACGGCCAAUGCACAGAUCCAUGCAACAAUCCCCUCUUCAUUUGCGAGAGCAACAAGAAGUGCGAGACACGACGCCACCAGCCCGUUUGCAUCUGCAAGUCGGGCUUCAUAGUCAACGAAUACGGAGAACUGACGUGUGCACCGGAUAAGCGGGAAUGCUAUCGCGAUGAUGACUGCGCCUCGAAUAUGGCCUGCACGGAUGGCAAAUGCCGGAACCCCUGUAUUGUGCCGUUGGGCCGGGCACCGGUCUGUGCCGAGAACAAGUCCUGCGAGGUGCAAAACCACAAGCCCGUGUGCAUCUGCAUGCGGGACUGUCAGCCCUCGAUAUCCAUUUGCCUGCGGGACGCUGGCUGUCCGGCUGGCCUUGCUUGCCGUAAACUGCAGUGCGUCGAUCCUUGCAAGUUUGCAACAUGCGCCCCCAACUCGCCAUGCAUUGUCGAGGAUCACAAGCCGAUAUGUAAAUUCUGCCCACCUGGAUUUAUAGCCGAUGCCAAAUAUGGAUGUCAAAAAGAAAUCGGUUGCGCAUCGAGUGAUGAGUGUCCCACCCAGCAGGCGUGCAUCAAUGCGCUUUGCGUGGAUCCCUGUACCUACAGUAAUCCCUGCAGCCGUACCGAAGACUGUCGAGUUCUCAACCAUCAGCCUUUGUGCUCUGCAGAAAUGGGUCGCACUCCUGGGUGCGAGCACUGUCCGCCGGGUGCCAAUUGCGAUCCCACCACUGGUACUUGUAUCAAGGCUAAUGUAACAAUAACAACUAGUACUACCAAGAAACCAAGAACAACCAAGAGACCAACACCAACACCAAGAACAACUGCAACUACAACCACAACCACAACAACUGCUAACCCAAACAAAAGUGUCAAAACACCGACCACCACCACUACCUCCACUAGCACUGAAUCGAGCACAGCAUCCACAAGCGCUACUAACCAAACAACCAGUAAGAAUAAGCCACCAGACACCGAAAGCACAACAUCCCACACGGAUGCCACAAGGCGGUAUCGCGAUGGAGAGAACAAUAUAACCGAUACACCGACGGCAAGGCCAUCGGUGGCAACGACCAAGUUGCGUGGCGAAGACGUGGCCGGCGACAGUCAACGGCGAACCACAACGACGCCAAAGAUGAAGACCACGCGUUUGGAUACAUCCAAUGAAGUGCCCGAUGCGACAACAACCUGGCCGACCGAGCUGCCAACCACUGAUGGCACCACAACGGAGAUCUACAGCACAAUAAUUGUCCCACUGGGAGGCAACAACGCCACCACCACUACUGACAUCUCAUUAAUUAACCCAUGUACAGUAGAUACUAACUGUGCCCCUAACGAGCACUGUAAGCUGGGCAAUUGCCGUAAGAAAGAGCCACCGGGUACACCGAAAACACCAGAACCCUGCCAAUCGAACAACGAUUGCAUUGAGAGCGAGGCCUGUUACAUGGGUCUGUGCCAGGAUCCUUGCGAUUUUGCCAAGAUAUGUGCCGCGAGUGCCAAGUGUACGGCUAAGAGUCAUCGACCCAUAUGCACCUGUCCGCAGGGACAUGAGGGCAAUCCGAUGGUCAAGUGUGUGCCCACCGAAACCUCAAUUGAAUGUACAGACAAUUCCGACUGCGGAGUAACGGAGGCUUGCAUCAAUGAGAGAUGCCAGCAUCCAUGCGAUGUUCACGAUCCCUGUGCCACGAAUGCCAUUUGCAUCAACACCAACCAUGCGGCCGACUGCAGUUGUGCCGAUGGUUUCCAGGGCAAUGGACGUGUCGGCUGUCAGCCAGCACGCACCCAUGUCUGCCAAUACAACGAGGACUGUCCACCGACGAAACUCUGCGAUCGCCUCAACCGUCGCUGCAUCAAUCCCUGCCAAGAGGAUUCCUGUGGCGAGAAUGCCGAGUGCGUACCAAUCAACCAUGGAACUGAUUGUCGCUGUCUGCCCGGCUUCCUAGGCAAUGCCUAUGUGCAGUGUUCGCCGCUGCAGGGAUGUCGUGCCGACACCGAGUGCGAUUCUAGUCAGGCCUGCAUCAAUGGAAAGUGUGCAUCGCCCUGUCAGUGCGGCGCCUUUGCACUCUGCGAUGUGAUCAACCAUCGUGGGGUGUGCAAGUGUCCGCCUGGAUACAAUGGAAAUCCCCAGGUGGGCUGCAGUCCGCCGCAGAAUCCUUGCGAUCCCAAUCCCUGUGGCCUCAGUGCCCUGUGUGAACUGGACAACGGCAAUCCCAUUUGCUACUGUCCCAAGGGACUCACAGGAAAUCCAUUCAAGAACUGCAUCCCGGAAGGCGAUGAAUGCACACCGAAUCCUUGUGGACCCAACUCCGGAUGUCGUCGCGUGGAUGGGCAAUCCGUCUGCUUCUGCCUGCCCGAAUACGAGGGUCAGCCCCCUUUGAUAGCCUGCGAGCUGCCGUCGAACCCAUGCGGACCGUCGCCGUGCGGCCCCAACACACAGUGCACCGUCCUGAGCAACGGCUUCUCCAAGUGCACCUGCCUGCCGGGUUACGUGGAGAGCCCCAACACCAUUCGUGGCUGUGUGGAACCCAUCAAUCCAUGCGAUCCCAGCCCCUGUGGCACUGGUGCCAUCUGCGACUCGUCGCGCCAACCAGUGUGCUACUGUCCGGACAACAAGAUCGGAAAUCCCUUCAGGCUGUGCGAGAAGCCCGCGGUGUCAAUUGAGCUCUGCCAGCCAGGUCCUUGCGGCCGAAAUGCCGACUGCUAUGUGGCCGGUAAUCGUGAGGAAUGCUACUGUCGCUCAGGAUAUGUCGGCGAUGCCUACCAAGGAUGCCGCGAGCCAAGUCGCACCGUCUGUGACCCGAAUCCAUGCGGACCCAAUGCCAAUUGCGUUGUCGCCGGCGAUGGACAGACCGCCUGCGUUUGUCCCGAAGGUCUCUCCGGUGAUCCCACAUCGCUGGUGGGUUGCCACGGCUAUGAGUGCCAGGUUGAUGCCGAUUGUCCCCACAGCAAAGCCUGCAUGGGCUUCCGCUGUUACGAUCCCUGCCCCGGAGCUUGCGGCCAUGGAGCCAACUGCCGCGUUGAGGAGCAUCACCCCGUUUGCUCGUGCAAUGCUGGCUUGACUGGCAACCCAGGAGUCCGUUGCUAUGCCCUGGACCAUCCGAAGACCAAUCCGUGUGUGCCCAGUCCCUGUGGCGUCAAUAGCGAGUGCAAACUGCUCAACAAUCGCGCCGUCUGCUCCUGCAUUCCCGGCUACCUAGGCGAUCCAGAGUCGGGCUGCCAGCCGGAGUGCGACAUCAACUCGGACUGCGGCGAGAUCCUGUCGUGCAUUAACCACAAGUGCGUGGAUCCCUGUGUAGGAGCUAUUUACGGUAUCAAUGCCAUUUGCAAUGUCCGCCAGCAUACGCCAGUGUGCCAUUGCUUGGACGGAUUCGCCGGCGAUGCCUUCCUUCAAUGCGUGCCGAUUGGAAUUUUGAAGAACGUGUCGCGCGACCCGUGUGCCCCGUCCCCCUGCGGACCGCACGACGUCUGCUCGGUCUAUGGCGAUGGUGUGGCACUGUGUGAUCCCUGUUUUGGACCCAAUGCCCAGCAGAAUCCACGUUGCCGACCCGAGUGUGUGGCCAACUCCGACUGUCCCUUCGAUCGUGCCUGUUUGGGUCAGCGCUGCCUCGAUCCUUGCCCCGGCUCCUGCGGACGCAGUGCCCAGUGUAAUGUGUACGAACACAAUCCGGUGUGUUCCUGCCCCGUAGGACUCUAUGGCAAUCCAUACGAGCAGUGCACCAUUCAAUCGGCAAUUGUACCAACUCCAGCGCCAAGCUGCGCAAAGCUGCAGUGCAGCGCCAAUGCUGAAUGCAAGCGGGCGCCCGGUGGCCUCGCCUGCGUCUGCCGCAAUGGAUACUUUGGUGAUCCACAUGUUGGCUGUCGUCCAGAGUGCGUGCUCAAUAGCGACUGUCCCGCGGACAAGGCCUGCAUGAACUCCAAGUGCGUGGAAGCCUGUGCUGGCGUGUGUGGUAUCAAUGCCGUCUGCCGUGUGGUGAACCAUGCCCCAGUGUGCAUCUGUUCUGAGGGUUACAGUGGAGAUGCCUCCAUUGCCUGUAAUCCUUACUAUCUGCCACCCGUUUCACCGCCCAUUGUGAGGCCACAUCCGGUCGAACCCUCGCCCUGCGGUCCCAAUUCCCGCUGUCUGGCCACCCCCGAGGGAUAUGCCGCCUGCUCCUGCCUGCCAAACUUGAAGGGAGCCCCGCCCGUCUGCCAGCCCGAGUGCGUCGUAAGCUCCGAGUGGGCUCCCAACCAGGCCUGUCUCAACCAGAGAUGCGCGGAUCCAUGUCCCGGUAUCUGCGGUGUCGGAGCCCGCUGCGAGGUGCUCAAUCACAAUCCCAUUUGCUCGUGCGAGCAAAAGUUCGAGGGAGAUCCGUUUGUUGCCUGCUCUCCCAUACCCGAGCCGGGUCGCGAGGUGGAUCUGCCCAAGAAUCCGUGCGUGCCCUCGCCCUGCGGACCCAACUCCAUUUGCCAGAUCAAACAGAACCGCCCGGUCUGCUCGUGUGUGGCCAACUACAUUGGCAGCCCGCCCUAUUGCCGGCCAGAGUGCACACUGAGCAGCGAGUGUCCUUCGGACAAGGCCUGCAUCCAUGAGAAGUGCCAGAAUCCCUGUGCCAAUGUCUGUGGACACAACGCCCGUUGUACGGUCAUCGCCCACUCCGCUCACUGCAGCUGCGACCAGGGUUACGAGGGAGAUGCCUUCAUCGGCUGCUCUCAGACAAAAGAAGAGAAAUCGGGUGAUGACUUUGGACCCUGCUAUCCCAAUCCUUGUGCCGAGAAUGCCGUGUGCACACCACACAACAAUGCCGCUCGCUGUAGCUGCAUUGAACCGUACUUUGGAGAUCCGUACAGCACUGGAUGCCGGCCCGAAUGUAUCUAUAACUCGGAAUGCCCCUCGUCGCUGGCCUGCAUCAAACAGCACUGUCGCAAUCCUUGCACAGCUGCCUGUGGAGCCAAUGCCGAGUGUGCCGUGGUCAACCACUUGCCAUCCUGUAGUUGCACCCGCGGUCACGAGGGAGAUCCGUUCGUGGGUUGCAAGCGUAUGCCUGUGGGACCUGUGAGCGUCUGUGAACCGAAUCCUUGUGGCCCCAACAGCAUCUGCCGAACGGUCGAGGGUCAUCCCACGUGCAGCUGCCAAGUGGGUUACUUUGGAGCCCCGCCACAGUGCCGGCCUGAGUGCGUCGUCAGCUCGGAAUGCUCGCAACAUCUGGCGUGCAUCAACCAGAAGUGUACUGAUCCGUGCGCCGAAACCUGCGGCUUCAAUGCCAAGUGUCAAGUUAAUAACCACAACCCGAUAUGCUCUUGUCCCAGAGACUACAUUGGCGAUCCCUUUGAACAAUGUGUACCUAAACCAUCUGAACCGCCAAAGAAUUUGGAUCCCUGCCUGCCCAGUCCAUGUGGACCCAAUGCCAAUUGUCGGAAUGUGAACAAUCGCGCCGAAUGCUCCUGUGCUCCGGGCAUGUUCGGAGCCCCACCGAGCUGCCGACCCGAGUGCGUUAUCAAUCAGGAUUGUUCAUCCAACCGGGCUUGCAUUCGCCAGAGAUGCGAGGAUCCUUGCAUUGGAAUCUGUGGCUUCAAUGCCCACUGCUCUACACAGCAUCAUUGAGGGUUUUGCUUGCUAUUAGUCGUGGUUCCGGACCAACCAGCCGAUCCACGUCACCUAUCCCCAUGUGGUGCCAAUGCCAUCUGUCGUGAACGCAAUGGUGCCGGGUCAUGCAGCUGCAUCCAGAACUAUUUCGGUGAUCCGUACAUAAACUGCCGCCCCGAGUGCGUGCAGAACAGUGAUUGUCCCGCGAGCAGGUCCUGCAUCAACAUGAAGUGCGGCGAUCCCUGCGCCAAUGCCUGUGGCUUCAAUGCCAUCUGCCGUGUGGCCCAUCACCAGGCGGUUUGUAGCUGUGAACCCGGAUUCACAGGCAAUCCGCAACGCGCCUGCGUCGAGCGUCCCUCAAAUAUGUACCUGCCCUUGCCCAAAGACCCUUGUAGACCAUCGCCUUGUGGCCUGUUUAGCACUUGCCACGUGGCUGGAGAUCACCCCGUUUGCGCUUGCCUUCCGGACUACCUUGGCGUUCCCCCCAACUGCAAGCCCGAGUGCCGCACAAGUGCAGAAUGUCCCUCGGAUAGGGCGUGUAUCAAUCAACGUUGCCGCGAUCCCUGUCCCGGCACUUGUGGUUACAAUGCGCGUUGUCGCUGUACGAAUCACUCCCCCAUUUGUAGCUGCAUCGACGGCUACACCGGUGAUCCGUUCCAUCAGUGUCUGCCCGAAAGAAAACCGGAGCCGAUACCAGACCCCAUCGUGCCAUUGAAUCCCUGCGUACCAUCGCCCUGCGGUCCCAACUCCCAGUGCCGCACUGGAGCCGUGUGCUCCUGCGUGGCCAACUACAUUGGACGUCCGCCGGCCUGCCGGCCGGAGUGUAGCAUCAAUUCAGAGUGCCCCGCCCGGAUGGCCUGUAUGAAUGCGCGUUGUGCCGACCCGUGCAUCGGUUCCUGCGGCAACAAUGCCCUCUGUCAUGUCAGUCAACAUGCUCCGGUGUGCAUGUGCGAGCCUGGCUUCAGUGGCGAUCCCUUCACCGGCUGCUACAAGAUCUUAGAAACGCCCAUUGAGGUCUUACAACCCUGUCGCCCCAGUCCUUGCGGCUUGAAUGCCUUGUGCGAGGAGCGAAAUCGCGCUGCUGCCUGUAAAUGUCUGCCCGAGUACUUUGGGGAUCCGUACACCGAGUGUCGCCCCGAGUGCGUCAUCAAUUCGGACUGCCCCAAGUCGCGGGCGUGCGUCAAUCAGAGAUGCGUCGAUCCCUGUCCCGGGAUGUGCGGCCACAGCGCCCUGUGCGCUGUCUUCAAUCAUGCACCCAACUGUGAAUGCCUGCCCGGCUACACGGGAAACCCCAUUGUCGGCUGUCACCUGGUACCCGAGACGCCACGCUAUCCCGACCCAAUAGUACCCGAAAAUCCAUGCCAACCCUCGCCCUGCGGCCUCUACAGCAACUGCCGCCCGGUCAACGGCCAUGCAGUAUGCUCCUGCGUACACAACUACAUUGGAUCCCCACCCAACUGCAGGCCCGAGUGCAUGAGCAGCUCGGAGUGCGCGCAGGACAAGUCGUGUCUGAACGAGCGGUGCAAAGAUCCCUGCCCGGGCACCUGUGGCAACAAUGCGCUCUGCCGUGUCGUUAACCAUAAUCCCAUCUGCUCCUGCAGCCCCGGCUUCAGCGGUGAUCCAUUUGUGCGCUGCUUCCCACAAGAAAAACGCCCCAUCGUCCAUGAUCGCGUCGAGCCAUGCGUGCCCUCGCCGUGCGGGCCAAACUCUCAGUGUCGGGUGUCGGCUAAUGAUCAGCCCGUCUGCUCAUGCUUGCAACAUUAUGUGGGUAGGGCGCCAAAUUGCCGACCCGAGUGCACUUCGAACUCGGAGUGUGCCGGCAACAUGGCCUGCAUCAAUCUGCGGUGCCGGGAUCCCUGCGUGGGUACCUGCGGAAGUCAGACCACGUGUCUUGUAAAUAAUCAUAGACCGAUAUGCCGCUGCCUCGAGGGCUAUGCGGGCGAUCCAUUCUCCGAGUGUAGUCCACAAACUAUCGUUCCGCCCGAGGUUGCACAGCCCUGCAAUCCCAGUCCCUGCGGCGCCAAUGCGGUGUGCAACGAGCGCAAUGGUGUUGGCUCCUGUUCCUGCCUGCCCGAAUACAGUGGCGAUCCGUACACCGAAUGCCGGCCGGAGUGUGUCCUGAACAGCUACUGUUCGAAGAACCGCGCCUGCCUCAACAACAAGUGCCGCGAUCCCUGCCCAGGUGUUUGCGGUGUCUCCGCCGAGUGUCAUGUGAUUAAUCACGCGCCCAGCUGCAGCUGCCCCUCCGGAUACACGGGCAACCCAUCGCAGUACUGCCGGGAAAUACCAAAAUUGGCCCCGCCUGUCCAGCCGUGUCGCCCGUCGCCAUGCGGCCCGUACAGCCAGUGCCGCGAGGUGAACGGACAUGCGGUCUGCUCAUGCACCACCAACUAUGUGGGCACUCCGCCCGCCUGUCGACCGGAGUGCUCUGUUAGUUCCGAGUGCUCUCAAGACAGGGCUUGCGUGAACUUGCGCUGUGUAGACCCCUGUCCCGGAACCUGGGGCCACGAGGCCAUUUGCAAGGUCACGAAUCACAAUCCCAUCUGCUCGUGCCCCAGUGGCUACAGCGGCGAUCCGUUUGUGCGAUGCGCUCCACGGCAACAAGAACCGGAGCAGCCAAAGUCCAAUGAGAAUCCCUGCGUGCCCAGUCCCUGCGGCCGCAACUCCCAAUGUCGCGUGGUGGGCGAGACUGGCGUCUGUUCCUGUCUGCCCAACUUCGUGGGCCGUGCGCCCAACUGUCGCCCAGAGUGUACCCUCAAUUCCGAGUGUCCUGCCAAUCUGGCGUGCAUCAAUGAGCGCUGCACAGACCCUUGUCCGGGGUCAUGCGGCUUCAAUGCCUACUGCAGUGUCGUUGGCCACUCGCCCAUCUGUUCGUGCGACAAUGGCUUCACUGGCGAUCCAUUCGCUGGCUGCAAUCCGCAACCUUUGCCAGAACCCGAUGAGCGCCUGACACCCUGCCAACCCUCGCCCUGUGGCCCCAAUGCCGAGUGCCGUGAACGCAGCGGCGCCGGCUCCUGUACGUGUCUGCCAGAGUACUUUGGCGAUCCGUACAGUGGCUGUCGUCCCGAGUGCGUGGUUAAUAGCGAUUGCUCACGCGAUAAGUCCUGCGUCAACCAGAAAUGCGUGGACCCUUGUCCUGGCGUUUGUGGCCUGAACGCCGAGUGUCGUGUGUCCAAUCACUUGCCCAGCUGCUCGUGCCUGGCCGGCUACACUGGAAAUCCGUCGAGUGCAUGCCGUGAAAUACCCCAACUCCCACCCCCACCCCUGGCCGAUGUGAAUCCCUGUAGACCCUCGCCGUGCGGUCCGUACAGCCAGUGUCGGGAGAUCAAUAACCAUGCCGUGUGCUCUUGCCAGCCCGGACUCGUUGGCUCUGCCCCCAACUGUCGGCCCGAGUGUAUCAUAAGCUCCGAUUGUGCCCAAGAUCUCAACUGUCAGAAUCAGAAGUGUGUGGACCCGUGUCCGGGCACAUGCGGCAUUGAGGCACGUUGUCAGGUCAUAAACCACUAUCCUGCAUGCUCCUGUGCCCCAGGCUAUACCGGAGAUCCCUUCAAUCGGUGCACUAAAAUAUUGUGUAAGCCCGAAAAGUCCGGUAAUCCCUGUGUACCCUCGCCGUGCGGACCCAACUCGAAAUGCAUCGAUGUGCGCGGUUCGCCUGCAUGCUCCUGUCUGCCGGACUACCUCGGCCGGCCGCCCAACUGUCGGCCCGAGUGCAUGAGUAGUGCGGACUGUCCGGCGAAUCUCGCGUGUGUCAACCAACGCUGCGCAGAUCCGUGUGUUGGAGCUUGUGGCCAGAACUCUCUGUGCCAGGUGAUCAAGCAUCGUCCAACAUGCGAAUGCGUGCCUGGUUACACCGGCGAUCCGUUCUCCGGCUGUGCUGUUGUACAGCAAAUUACGCCAACGGAGGCGCCACGCAAUCCCUGCAAUCCCAGUCCAUGCGGCGCCAAUGCCGUGUGUCGCGAGCGCAACGGCGCCGGCUCCUGCACCUGUCUGCCUGAAUACUUUGGCGAUCCGUACAGUGGCUGCCGCCCGGAAUGUGUCCAGAACGAUGACUGCGAUCGCUCCCGUGCCUGCAUCAACAGCAAGUGCCAGGAUCCUUGUCCCGGUGCCUGCGGAAUCAAUGCCGAGUGCCGUGUCCUAAAUCAUGGUCCCAACUGCAACUGCUUCGAGGGCUACACGGGUGAUCCGCAUCGCUCCUGCGCUCUGCUUGAAGUGGUGACCCGACGACCCGAGAACCCAUGCCAGCCCUCGCCCUGUGGACCCUACAGCCAGUGCCUGGACACGAACAGCCAUGCGGUCUGCUCCUGCCUAGAGGGCUACAUCGGAGCACCGCCCAGCUGCAAGCCGGAAUGUGUCGUCAGCUCCGAGUGCCCCCAGAAUCGGGCGUACAUCAAUCAGAAGUGCGCCGAUCCCUGUCGCGGAUCCUGCGGCAACAAUGCCAAGUGCCAGGUGGUGAACCACAAUCCCAUCUGCAGCUGCGUGCCCGGCAUGACCGGCGAUCCCAUCAGCGGCUGUACACCCAGCGAAGAUGCCAAGGAAUAUCAAGAGCCGUGUGUGCCCUCACCCUGUGGCCCCAAUGCCAUUUGCCGCGAGAUUGGAAACCAAGCGGCUUGCUCCUGCAAUGCCAACUUCAUUGGACGUCCGCCCAACUGCCGGCCAGAGUGCACCAACAACGACGAGUGCCAGAAUCAUCUAUCCUGCCAGCAGGAGCGCUGCGUCGAUCCCUGUCCUGGCUCAUGCGGCAGUAACGCCGUCUGUCAGGUAGUGCAACACAAUGCCGUCUGCUCCUGUGCCGAUGGCUACGAGGGUGAGCCGCUCUUCGGGUGCCAGCUGAUUCCCCUGCUGCUGCCCACCGAGGCGCCCACAUCGCCAUGCGAACCUUCGCCGUGCGGCCCCCAUGCCGAGUGUCGCGAACGCAACGGAGCCGGCGCCUGCUACUGCCAUGAGGGCUUCGAGGGCAAUCCCUACGAUGCACAGCGCGGCUGCCGACGCGAGUGCGAGAUCAACGAUGAGUGCACGGCCGCCCAGGCGUGUGUCCGCUUCAAGUGUAUCGAUCCCUGCGACAAUAUGUGCGGGGAGUACGCUCUCUGUACAGUGGAUAACCAUGUGCCCACCUGCACCUGUCCGGCCGGCUACAGCGGAGAUCCGUUCUUCAGCUGCAAGCCCGUGCCGGUUACCCCGCGUCCACCGCUGAACCCGUGCAAUCCCUCGCCCUGCGGCCCCAACAGCAACUGUCGCAGCAUCAACAACCAGGCCGUAUGCUCCUGCCAGUCGGGCUUCGUCAAUCAGCCGCCCAACUGCGGACCCGAGUGUAUAGUCAGUGCGGAGUGCUGUGUGAACAAGAAGUGUGUGGACCCAUGUCUGCACACCUGCGGCAUUCGUGCCAUCUGCAGUACCAAGAACCACAGCCCCAUCUGCACAUGCCCCCGCGGCAUGAGCGGUGAUCCCUUCGUUCAGUGCUCUAGGAUACCUAUAACACACGAUGUGACUACAGCAGAACCUCCAGCUGCAUCUUGUGUGCCUUCACCUUGCGGUCAAUGCCAGAUUGUGGGCAAUAGUCCGGCCUGCUCCUGCUUGCCGAACUUUAUUGGCGCCCCACCACGUUGUCGGCCGGAAUGUGUCCUGAACUCCGAAUGCGGACCCACGGAGGCGUGCAUCAAUCAAAAGUGCGGCGAUCCGUGCUCUGGUUCCUGUGGCUUCGAGGCCAAGUGUCAUGUUCUGAACCAUCUGCCCAUUUGCAACUGCAUCGAGGGCUACGAAGGCGAUCCGUUUGUGCGCUGUACCGAGAAACCAGAAGGCAAGACCCCGCCGCCGGUCGCCAACGAUCCGUGCAAUCCGAGUCCAUGCGGCCCGAAUGCCGACUGCUUUGCCGGUGAGUGCCGCUGCCAGAAUAACUAUCAAGGAAACGCCUACGAAGGCUGCCGACCCGAGUGUACCCUCUCGGCGGACUGUCCGCGGGACAAGGCCUGCAUGCGGAACAAGUGUGUGGAUCCCUGCCCCGGAAUCUGUGGCAACAAUGCCGUUUGCGAGGUGAUGAACCACAUACCCGUAUGCUCCUGUCUGCAGGGCUACGAGGGCGAUCCGUUUACCAAUUGUCGCGUGAAGCUCAUCGAAGAUACACCUAAAGUCCAGGCCUGUGCUCCGUCCCCAUGCGGCUCGAACAGCCAGUGCCGCGAUGUCAACGGACAUGCCGUCUGCUCGUGCCUGGAAGGAUACAUUGGGGCGCCGCCUCAAUGCCGUCCCGAAUGCGUGGUAUCUAGCGAAUGCUCUGCGCUACAGGCUUGUGUCAACAAGAAGUGCGUGGAUCCCUGCGCCGCUGCUUGUGGCCUGGAGGCACGCUGCGAGGUCAUCAAUCACAGCCCCAUCUGUGGCUGCCCUCCUGGCCGAACUGGAGAUCCCUUCAAGCAGUGCACAGAGAUAGCCGUGGCCACGCCUCCAGAUGUUAAGGAAGCCCCCAGAGAUCCAUGUGUGCCCUCGCCGUGCGGACCCAACUCCAUAUGCAAGCCCGAUGAGCGAGGACCCGUGUGCCAGUGCCAGCCAGAGUUCUUUGGUUCGCCACCCAACUGCCGGCCCGAGUGCAUUAUCAAUCCCGACUGUGCCUCGACGCAGGCCUGCAUCAACAACAAGUGUCGCGAUCCCUGCCCCGGCUCUGGCACAAACGCCGAAUGCCGCGUCAUCGGUCACACGGUCUCGUGCUCCUGCCCAGCGGGAUAUGCUGGCAACGCGUUUGUGUAGUGUGUGCCGCAACAGGAGGAACCGGUCAAGCCGUGCCAACCUUCGCCUUGUGGCGCCAAUGCCGAGUGUAUUGAACGGAACGGAGCUGCUGCCUGCAAGUGCAUCGACGAGUACCAAGGCAAUCCCUACGAGGGUUGCCGACCCGAGUGCGUGCUCAGCUCGGACUGUACCACGGACAAGGCAUGCAUACGGAACAAGUGUCAGGAUCCCUGCCCGGGAAUUUGCGGCCUGAAUGCCCAGUGCUAUGCCGUGAAUCAUGUGCCCAAUUGUGUCUGCCUCGAUGGUCACACGGGCGAUCCGUUUACCAACUGUCGCCGCGUGGAGCCCACAACGCCACCGCCAGUCGCCGAUCCCUGCAUCCCCUCGUCCUGCGGCGCCAACAGCAAGUGUCGCAUUGCCAACGGACUGGCCGUCUGCUCCUGCCUGGAGAGCUUCAUUGGAGCUCCGCCGAACUGUAAGCCGGAAUGCACGGUGAACGCCGAGUGUCAGCCGAACAAGGCCUGCCACAAGUUCCGCUGUGCCAAUCCCUGUGCAAAGACGUGCGGCAUCAAUGCCAAGUGCGAGGUGAUCAAUCACAAUCCCAUCUGCAGCUCGGAUUUGACAGGCGAUCCGUUCGCCCGUUGUUAUCCAGCGCCUGCCGUUGCCGGACCUAAGGAUGCUCCGGAGUCCAAGACGCCCUGCCAGCCCUCGCCAUGCGGCCUCUACUCAGAGUGUCGCGUGCGCGACGAGCAGGCCUCCUGCUCCUGCCUGCCCAACUACAUUGGGGCACCGCCCAACUGCCGACCCGAGUGCAUUGUAAAUACGGACUGCUCGCCGAACCGCGCCUGCAUUGCCGAGAAGUGUCGCGAUCCCUGCGACGGCUCCUGCGGCAUCAACUCCGAGUGUCGCAUCCAGAACCACCUGGCCAUAUGCACCUGCCGCGGUGGAUUUACCGGCGAUCCGUUCGUUCAAUGCGUGGAGAUCAUUGAGACGAUCACGAAGCCUCCACUGAACGAACCACAGGAUCCCUGCGACCUGCAACCGUGUGGAGCCAAUGCGGAAUGCCACGAGGGCACCUGCACCUGCUUGAGAGAUUACCAGGGCGAUCCCUAUACGGGAUGUCGUCCGGAGUGUACGCUGAGCACCGACUGCGCCCCCGUCAAGGCGUGCUUGAACAAGAAGUGCGUGGAUCCCUGUCCCGGAGUGUGUGGCCAGAACUCGCAGUGCGAUGUCUCCAAUCACAUACCGAUCUGCAGCUGCCUGCAGGGCUACACGGGUGAUCCGUUCGUGCACUGCCGCCUGGAGACGCCCGUGGCCAAGGACCCAUGCCAGCCGAAUCCCUGCGGUCCCAACAGCCUGUGUCAUGUGUCGGCCCAAGGACCGGUGUGUGCCUGCCAGCAAGGCAUGCUGGGCUCACCGCCCGCCUGCAAGCCAGAGUGCAUAGUCAGCUCCGAAUGCUCCCUGCAAACUGCCUGCGUACAGAGGAAGUGUGUCGAUCCUUGCCCCGGCGCCUGCGGCCAGUUCGCACGCUGCCAAGUGAUCAACCACAAUCCAUCGUGCUCCUGCAAUUCAGGAUACACGGGAGAUCCGUUCACGCGCUGCUUCCAGGAAGAGCGCAAGCCGCCAACACCCACGGAACCAUGUCAACCAUCACCCUGCGGACCAAAUUCGGAGUGUAAGGUGCUCAAUGGAAAUGCCGCCUGCUCGUGCGCCGCCACCUUCAUUGGAACGCCACCCAGCUGCCGGCCCGAGUGCUCCAUCAAUCCCGAAUGUCCACCGACCAAGGCUUGCAUACGCCAGAAGUGCUCCGAUCCCUGCGUGAAUGCCUGCGGCUUCAAUGCCCGCUGCAAUGUGGCGAAUCAUCAACCCAUCUGCACAUGCGAUGUGGGCUACACAGGAGAUCCGUUCACCGGCUGUCAAAAGGAACAAGAGCGCAUUGUCAAUGAACAGGUGACGCCCUGAGAACCCAAUCCCUGCGGCUCGAAUGCUGUAUGUCGCGAACGCAAUGGGAUCGGCUCCUGCCAGUGCCUGCCCGAUUACUUUGGCGAUCCCUACCAGUCCUGUCGCCCCGAAUGCAUCCGAAACUCGGACUGUCCCACGAACAAGGCCUGCCAGCAGCAAAAAUGUCGCGAUCCCUGCCCCGGCACCUGCGGCACCAAUGCGGACUGCAGCGUUACGAAUCAUCUGCCCACCUGUACAUGCCGCAUCGGAUACAUUGGUGAUCCCUACCGCUACUGCCAUGUGGAGCCAGCCCAACCUAUCCGUCUGGCCGAACCCGCACAACCCUGCCACCCCUCGCCGUGUGGCCCCAACUCUCAGUGUCGCGAACUCAACGGCCAGGCCGUCUGCUCCUGCAUCGAGCUGUACAUCGGUCUGCCCCCCAACUGCCGUCCCGAAUGCGUGCUCAGCAGCGAGUGUCCCACGGACAAGGCGUGCAUAAGUCAGCGAUGCCAGGAUCCCUGCCCGAGUACAUGCGGCAUCAAUGCCGAGUGCCGGGUUCGGAAUCAUGGUCUACUCUGUCAGUGCCGUCAAGGCUUCACCGGCGACUCCUUUACCCGUUGUUAUGCCCUGCCACCCCCGCCGCCUGUUGUUCAGCGUGUUGAUCGUGAUCCCUGCAUGCCAUCGCCCUGCGGCUUGAACAGCCAGUGUCGCAAUGUGCAGGGCGUGCCCUCCUGCUCCUGUCUGCCCGAGUUCCUUGGAGCACCACCCAACUGUCGUCCCGAAUGCACCAUCAGUGCCGAGUGUUCCUCGAAUCUGGCCUGCAUCCGUGAAAAAUGUAUCGAUCCAUGUCCAGGGUCCUGUGGCUACGAUGCAGAAUGCAAUGUGGUGAAUCACACGCCCAUUUGCGUCUGUCCCGUAGGCUAUACUGGGGAUCCGUUCAGCAGUUGUCGUCUGUCGCCCCCCGAACCCGUUCAAAGUGAAUAUGUGGAUCCGUGCAACCCAUCGCCGUGUGGUCCGAACGCGCAGUGCUCCAACGGUGUCUGCAGCUGUUUGUCCGAGUUCCAUGGCGAUCCCUAUGCCGGCUGUCGUCCGGAAUGUGUCCUCAACUCCGACUGUCCCAGGGACAAGGCCUGUCUGCGCAGCAAGUGCCAGAAUCCAUGUCCAGGAACGUGCGGCGAGAAUGCCAUUUGCGAUGUCAUACAUCACAUUCCGAUGUGCCGUUGUCCGGACGGCACCGGCAGUGCCUUUAUACGCUGCUCUCCCGUCCAGCAAACUAUUGUGGAAACGAAUCCCUGCCGUCCAUCUCCCUGCGGACCGAAUUCCCAGUGCCGCGAGGUCAACCAGCAGGCGGUUUGCUCCUGCCUGUCCAGCUAUAUCAGUGCCCCACCGUCCUGUCGCCCCGAGUGUACCUCGAACGCCGAGUGCGCGCCCUCGCAGGCGUGUCUGAACCAGCGUUGCGGAGAUCCUUGCCCUUGCACCUGUGGCGUAGGUGCCAACUGUGCCGUGGUCAGCCAUAGUCCCUUCUGCACCUGUCCCGAACGCUUCACCGGGAAUCCCUUCAUCCGUUGUCAGCCACAAAUUGAACCCGUGCGUGAUCUCGUCCCAGUCGAACCCUGUCGUCCAUCGCCAUGUGGCCCCUAUUCCCAAUGGAAUACAUUGGACACAUUGGACACAUACAUUGGACGGCCUCCGAACUGCCGUCCAGAGUGUGUAACGAGCUCGGACUGCACCAGCCAGAUGACAUGUGUCAACCAGAAGUGCGUCGAUCCGUGUCCCGGACGCUGUGGUCUCAAUGCCGAGUGUCGUGUAGUGAGCCAUGCGGUGCAGUGCAUCUGCCAGCAAGGCUUCACCGGCGAUCCCUUCGUGCAGUGCAGCCCCGAAACCAUCCGCCACAUCGAGGUUCGCACUCCGUGCAGCCCCAGUCCCUGUGGACCGAAUGCCGUUUGCCGUGAUCGCAAUGGCGUCGGUUCCUGCCAGUGCAUGCCCGAAUAUUUCGGAGAUCCCUAUGCCGGCUGUCGGCCGGAAUGUAUGCUGGACUCGGACUGUCCCUCGAACAGGGCGUGCCAGCAGCUGAAAUGCCAGGAUCCCUGUCGAACAUGCGGCCUGAAUGCCCAGUGCCAGGUAGUAAACCAUCUCCCAACCUGCAAUUGCCUCACUGGAUAUGAGGGGGAUCCGUACCGCCAGUGCACCAGAAUGCAAGAGCCACCACAAAAAGAGUACGUGAAUCCUUGCCAGCCCUCGCCCUGCGGCCCCAAUUCCCAGUGUCGUGUGGCCAACGAGCAGGCCGUUUGCUCUUGCCUGCCCCUCUUUGUGGGAACUCCUCCCGCCUGUCGACCCGAAUGCACCAUCUCCUCCGAGUGUCCCAGCCAUCAGGCAUGUGUUAACCAGAAGUGCGUGGACCCAUGCACCGGCGACAGCUGCGCCAGCAAUGCCGUGUGUCGAGUGCGUAACCACAGUCCCAUCUGCAGUUGCCUCAGUGGCUUCACUGGCGAUGCCUUUACGCGUUGCUUCCCCAUUCCACGUAAGUGUAUGCCCACCCAAUCCCAACCCCUGAGAGAUCCCUGUCUGCCUACACCCUGUGGACCCAAUUCGGAGUGCCGCAACAUCAAUGGGGUGCCCGCGUGCUCCUGUUUGUCCAGCUUCAUGGGGCAGGCGCCCAACUGUCGACCCGAAUGCACCAUCAACGCCGAGUGUCCCUGCCAAAGGGCGUGCAUCAAUCAAAGGUGUCGCGAUCCCUGUCCAGGGGCCUGCGGCCUGGAUGCAGUCUGCAGUGUCAUCAAUCAUACGCCACUCUGCGCCUGCAUCGAUGGGUAUAUCGGAAAUCCCUUCACCAAAUGUAGCCCCAAGCCACCAGAACCCACAUCCCCGCCACCGGUCGCCGACGAUCCAUGCAAUCCCUCGCCCUGCGGCUCGAAUGCCCGUGCCCGCAAUGGCCAGUGCUCGUGUAUACCCGAAUACCAGGGCGACCCCUACGUCUCCUGUCGUCCCGAAAGCGUGCUGAACACGGACUGUCCCAGAGAUCGAGCCUGCGUGCGCAACAAAUGCAUAGAUCCCUGUCCAGGCACCUGUGGCGUGAAUGCCCUUUGCGAAGUAACCAAUCACAUACCCAUCUGUCGCUGUCCCGACCGGACGUCCGGCAACGCAUUCUUCGAGUGUCGUCCCGUGCCGGCGAAGCCCAUCAUCCAGCAGAAUCCCUGCCAGCCAACGCCAUGCGGACACAGUCAGUGCCGCGUUGUGCAGAACACGGCAGUCUGCUCCUGCCUGAAGGACUACGUGGGCAGUCCGCCCCAGUGCCGACCGGAGUGUGUCACCAACUCGGACUGUCCGGCAGAUCAGUCGUGUCAAAACAUGAAGUGCCGUGAUCCCUGUCCGGGAACAUGCGGCUUCAACGCCCUCUGCAACGUGGUCAAUCACAGUCCUUUUGCAGCUGCCCCCACGGGCAUGUCCGGCAAUCCAUUCGUCAGCUGCCAGCAGCUGCCCCAACGCGAUGAUCGACCCCAGAACCCCUGUCAGCCCUCGCCCUGCGGCCCCAACUCCGAGUGUCGCGUCUCAGGAGACUCCCCAUCAUGUUCCUGCCUGCCAGAGUUCGUUGGAGCUCCUCCCAACUGCAAGCCCGAAUGCAUCUCCAGCUCAGAAUGCCCCACCAACAGGGCCUGCAUCAACCAGAAAUGCGUGGAUCCCUGCCCUGGACUAUGCGGACAGAAUGCCAACUGUCUGUUCAGUCACACGGCCAUGUGUCUGUGCGAGAGCGGCUUCACCGGUCAUCCAUUCACUCAGUGUAGUCCGGUCAGGGAUGCCCCCGUGGAGGUACUGCAGCCCUGCAAUCGUCCCUGUGGCGUCAAUGCCAAGUGCGAGGAGCGCGGUGGGGCUGGAUCCUGCACCUGUCUGCCGGAGUACUUUGGCAAUCCCUACGAUGGCUGCCGCCCCGAAUGUGUCCUGAACUCCGACUGUCCUUCGAACAGAGCCUGCGGGAAUCAGAAGUGCCGCGAUCCCUGUCCGGGAGUGUGCGGUCAGAUCGCCGAGUGCCAGGUGGUUAAUCACCUGGCCACAUGCAAUUGUCUGAUUGGCUACACCGGAGACCCCUACACCCUGUGUCGCAUCGUAGAGAACGAACCACGUAAGACCAUCUAUGUGAAUCCCUGCCAGCCGUCACCCUGCGGUCCCAACUCGCGUUGCCGCGAGAUCAACGAUCAGGCUGUGUGCUCCUGCCUCCCCGAGUUCAUUGGCAGUCCCCCGGCUUGUCGGCCGGAAUGCACCAGCAGCUCGGAAUGUGCCGCCGACAAGGCGUGUGUGAAUCGCAAAUGCGUGGAUCCCUGUCCGAAUGUUUGCGGUCAGCAGGCCGAGGGUCGCGUUCGCAAUCACAAUCCCAUCUGUAGCUGUCUGAGCGGAUACACCGGAGAUCCAUUCACCCGCUGCUACCGUCAGCCCCGUAAGCCACAAAGAAUACUUCGAAUACCCCCUGAUCCUUGUGACCCUCGCCGUGUGGGGGCCAAUUCCCAGUGUCGCGAUGUCUAUGGCCCACCCUCUGCUCUUGCCUGCCCGUUCUUAGGACCGCCGCCCAACUGUCGACCCGAAUGUUCCAUCAAUGCGGAGUGUCCCAGCAAUCAGGCGUGCAUCAAUCAGAAGUGUCGCGAUCCCUGUCCCGGCUCCUGUGGCCUCAACACCCAGUGCAAUGUGAUCAAUCACACGCCAAUCUGCAGCUGUCUUCUGGGGUAUAUCGGGGAUCCAUUCAGCGUUUGUAUCCCGAACCGCCUUCAAGAUCCACUGCCUCCUCAAGAUCCCUGUUAUCCCUCACCCUGUGGCUCCAAUAGCCGCUGCAAUAAUGGCGUAUGCUCGUGUCUGCCGGAGUACCAUGGCGACCCCUACACCGGUUGUCGUCCCGAGUGCGUCCUCCACACAGAAUGCGAUCGUAGUCGCGCCUGUGUGCGGCACAAGUGUGUGGAUCCCUGCCCCGAAUGUGGAACGAAUGCGAUAUGCGAGGUCCUGAAUCACAUUCCCAACUGUCGCUGUCCCGCGGAAAUGCAGGGAAAUGCCUUCAUCCAAUGUAGCCCUGUGCCACAACUCGAUGACGUGCAGAAUCCCUGCCAGCCCUCGCCCUGCGGACCGAAUGCCCAGUGUCGCGUGGCCAACCAGCAGGCCAUUUGCUCCUGCAUCGCGCCCUUCAUUGGCAGUCCACUUUGUCGUCCGGAGUGCACCAGCAACGCGGAAUGUCCCCUGAACCUGGCAUGUUUGAACCAGAAAUGCAGCGAUCCUUGUCCGGGCGUCUGCGGCCGCAGUGCCCAGUGCCAUGUGACGAACCACAGUCCUUUCUGUCGCUGCUUGGACCGCCACACGGGCAAUCCCUUCGUCAGUUGCCAGCCGAUCAUUGAGCCGCCAGUGCCGCCGCCGCGUCAGCCAUGCCUCCCCUCACCCUGCGGCGCGUAUGCCCAGUGCCGGGAGAUCAAUGAGACGCCGUCGUGCACCUGUCUGCCCGAGUACAUUGGCGCUCCGCCGAACUGUCGGCCCGAAUGCGUUACCAGCUCCGAGUGUCCCACUCAUCAGGCUUGCAUCCAGCAGAAGUGUCGCGAUCCCUGUCCUGGUCUGUGCGGCCUCUUGGCGGAGUGUCGUGUGCUCUCGCACACUCCCAGUUGCGUCUGCCCCGAGGGAAUGGAGGGUGAUCCCUUCACCCAGUGUACGGAGAAGAGAAUCCAGCAGUUGGAUCGAUUGGACCCAUGCAACCCCAGUCCCUGUGGCGUCAAUGCCAGGUGCACUUCGCGCCAGGAUGCUGGCUCUUGUCAGUGUUUGCCGGAAUACUUUGGGAAUCCCUACGAGGGCUGCCGUCCGGAAUGUGUCCUCAACUCUGAUUGUCCAUCCAACAGAGCGUGUCAGCAGCAGAAGUGCGAGGAUCCUUGCCCGGGAACCUGCGGCCAGAAUGCCAUCUGCAAUGUCCUCAACCACGUGCCCAGCUGUAGCUGCCACGGGUAUUCGGGCGAUCCCUACCGUCAGUGCCUGCUUGAACCCAUCAAGGAGUAUCUGAAUCCCUGCCAGCCUUCGCCCUGUGGCCCCAAUUCCCAGUGUCGUGAGUCCAACGAGCAGGCCGUUUGCUCCUGUCUUCCCGAAUAUGUGGGUGCGCCUCCUGUCUGUCGUCCCGAGUGUACCAUAUCCUCAGAGUGCUCGCCGGAUAAGGCCUGCGUGGGCCAGAAGUGCAUCGAUCCCUGUCCGAAUACCUGCGGAGAGCAGGCCACCUGUCGUGUUGUGAACCACAGUCCCAUUUGUACGUGUCGCGCCGGUUACACGGGCGAUGCCUUCUACCGCUGUGUACCCAAACCCCCUGUGCCAGUGGCUCCUCCAGUGCAAAAGACACCAGUCGCCUGUGUGCCCUCCCCUUGUGGCCCGUAUGCCGAGUGCCGUUCGAAUGGCGCCGCUCCUGCCUGUUCCUGUUCGAUUGGGUACUUGGGGGCUCCGCCCAACUGCCGUCAGUGCCGCAUCAAUGCGGAGUGUCUCAGUAGAGAGGCCUGCAUCAAUGAGAAGUGUCGCAAUCCCUGUCCCGGCUCCUGUGGCCUUGGUGCCACUUGCAACGUGAUCAAUCAUACGCCCAGCUGCACCUCGCCGGGAUACACGGGCGAUCUUACCCACUGCCAGCCCCAACCUCCACCGCCACCAC